ACAAACAGGACGAAAGUCUAUGCGAUAAUCGCAGACCUAGCGACGACCUGCGAUCAUCGCAAAGUGCAAGUCCAGAUGACAAUUUUGCUCACUGGGCAGAGCCUAUUGUUGCUUGCGUAAGAAAUUUUAAAAGUGGCACAUUGAUUGUGAAUAGCGCACCAUUUAGAGACGCGCUCUUGGAGGCCGAGAAAUGUCAAGGUCAUUGGGUAGAAGAAAACAUAGACUAUAAAACAGAAGAGGAAAAGCCCCAAAACACAAAUAAAGGGGAUCAGUCAAGGGAGGAACUUAUUUCUGAAUUAAAAUCAGAAGUAGAAAGACUUAGGUUGGCCAACCUUGACCUUGAAAAAGAGGGGACGGCGAGAGGGCUACCUGUACUUCACCCAAUAGAGAUCACUACUGCUAGACCCGAAAAUGUAGCUGAAUUAUUAUCAGAAAUAUACAACACAGAGUGGCAGCCUGCCUUUGAAUUCUUCAUUUACAAGAAAAAACUCAGAGAAAGAGAGGCCACAGAGGAACUGCUUAAAAUUCUUCAGGAUUGUUUUGAAUUCUGUGAAAACCUGUCUAGCGAACAUCUUAGAGAUCUAACCGACACCUUAUUCGUAUACCCCAGUCUACGGAACAAACUGACCAACAAGUUCUUGUUUUUCUUAACGGAAAAACCACAUCUGAAGGCCCAUUUAAAGGCGGUCAAAGUGCAUCCUUUCAUCAAACUUUGUCUGAAGUGCGCGUGGAUUUCUGCCAUACAGGACAGACCAUUAUCAGUAACUUUCAAAGUGAGGCCAGGUUCACCAUUUUCUUCCGAUAUAAUGAUUUCUCGGAAUGCCCCAGCCCCAGAUGUGGACUAUUUAGUGUGGCCAAUUGUGUUCUUGUAUGACAGAGGACCGAUCUUGCUUAAAGGGAUCGUCCAUUGCUCUCAAAAAAGAUGAAUUAUAGUUCAAUUGAAA